AUGGCCGAGGAGGAUGAUGCGGCUGCACGGGCAAAGGAUGCAGCCAACUUGGAUGCCGCCGCAAAGGCAGCUUUGGCAUCCCUUCAGGGUGCAAACUUCUCAGGCAGAGGCGAGGAUGGUGGAAUCCAACAGAGACCUGCUCCUCAGGCACCAGGCGGCAGCGAAAAGCAGGACCGACUGUUCGUGUCGAAGGUGCCGCAGUCGUUAGGCCAAGCCGAACUUCGGGCACACUUCGCGCAGUUUGGUGACCUCACCGAUGUUUAUCUACCGUCUGCUCCGGGCAGUGGUGGACACAAAGGAAUUUGCUUUGUGUCUUUCGCGGAUGCGUCUGGCAUCCAGAAAGCCAUAGCACAUGGCGUGCACGAAGUCCAAGGUAGCCCAAUAUCUGUGGACAUUGCCGCGCCACGAGCGCCGCCGCCCUCCACGGUGACGGCUUCUGUGCAGAGCGGGUGUCGCGUUUUCUUGACGAAGGUCACAGCGGACGUGAUGCGAGCAGACCUCCAGGCAUACUUCUGCAGAUUUGGCGAGCUGUCAGACUGCUAUGUCCCGCCUGGCAACAAGGGUAUAGCCUUUGUCAGCUUCAAAGAUCCCAGCACUGCUUCAUCAGUUGUAGCUCAUCAGCAGCACGAGGUGAAGCCUGGUGUUGUGCUGAUUGCUGCCCCAGCAUUCGACAGACCUCAGCCGGGGUCCAAAGGAGGAGGCAAGGGCGGCUAUGGCUGCUGCGGUGGCGGGUGCAACGCGUUUAGCGGUGCCUGUGAUGGUUGUGACCCAGCUGGAAACUUUGGUGGCUAUGGAGGAGGCAGUUCCUGCAGCGGAUGCGGCUUCAGUGACGGCACCUCGAUGGGAUUCCAGCAGAAUGGCUUCCCACAAGCCGGCUGCGCAAACCAACAAAGCUUUGGAGCGCCGGCCUGCGGGGCCUCCCUGCAGGGUUUCCCACAAGGAUUUGGCUCACUGGGUGGCUUCAUGCCACAAGGUGGCUGUGGCAUGGGGCAGUUCCAAGCAAACCAACUGGUGCCGCCGCAAGGCAUGGGCUUUGCAAACUGGGGCGUUCAGCAGCCAAUGGAUCAGGCCACUUAUGGUGCUUUCCAGCAGCCGCAGAUGCAGAUGAUGCAAAGGCCGGGUCCGUACUGA